AUCUCAAGCUAUCGUAGCCAAUGAUUAAAGCUAACGUUAGCCAGCUGAUGGGCUAACUCUGUUUCAUACAACAUCAACACAGAGCUAGCGAACAGCUACAUAUGUAGCACUAAGAGCAGCUAACGACACUUACUCAGUGGUCCUCCAGGUCCGAGUACCUGGUCUUUGGCAGGUGGAGUACCGCUCUGUCGUUCGAAGUUGCCAGGGUUGGAGAAAUAAUCCCUCAGCCGGGGGAGCUCUCUGCCUGCUUCCAGCAGUUCGGUGUGAAACUCCAAGGCCGUGAGGAUGUAUUGGUCCCGCAAUAACUGGGCAGCGAUGACAUCUACAGAUACCCGCGUCUCGGCGCUGCCUGCCAUAGCGGAGGUGGCGGCGGCCGACGCCGAGAUGCCCUCACCGCUGGGGCUCGUCCGGUUGCUAGACAGCAGGAGCGACGGAGGCUCUGCGUCUGCAGGCGGAGAGAAAGGAUUGCCUGGCGGUGGUCCUGGCGCCCCGUCACUCGGACUCCGCUCUGUGUCAACUGUUUCGUUAGGGCGCCGUUCGGCCUCUUCUUCAGAAUCACUGAGAUUAAAUGGGUUCACCGACGCCAUUUUUGCCCUAAAGAGAUUUUUUUUUUUUUAGCAAUCUAAGCUAGCUAAGCUAAUCACACCCGCUGCUUCCUGAAUGGAUAUUAGGUUAGCUAAGGUUUGGUAGGUGGAAGAGGAGGAAGAAGAAGAAAUGCGAAGAUACGAUUGGUCAAAUGUAAGAGACGCUACUCCCAAAGCCCGCCCCUUUUAUGGAAUACUGGAAAAGUAUUGGGUACCUUUGAUGUAGAGAGGAAAACUAGGCAGGGCACAUUUGACAGCUGAUAGCAAGUGCUAGCUACUAUGCUGUCAAAAAAAGCUGCGCCCAAACCAUUUCUAUUAAAAUGCACUUCACUGCAAACAAAACAAAUAAAUAAUGGCUGUUUAUUUUUUUAUUACAUUUCGUAAUAGGUAAACUUGAAGUGAAUCGUUUAAUUUAAACUACACUACCCACAAUGCAGCUACAAACCACGUCAACACAACGUCAAAAACGAGUGACAACAAGGAAGUGAAUGCUCAUGCUGCCUGAAUUUCUUGUAGUAAUCUUCUUAAACAGGGAGACAUUUGGUUUUAGGUUGAUCUUUUUUUAGGUUGAUCUGUCUGGUUCUCUGAGCAUGUUCUUGGCGAUCUACGAAGUGACAAUGGAAGCUAAAGCAGUGUUUAACAAGUGAAUCUAUGAACUAGUAGUAGUAGUAGUAGUAGUAGAUAGGUUGGUCACUCACUCAUUCAUUCUUUAACGGAACAUUAUUCCCGUUUUUAUGAUCAAAAUCCGCUGACGUUACAUGCAGUCACCUCUUUUCACUUCCAAGCGAAUUAAAUCUACCCUGCUUGUCCUCAAGUAAACCCUCAGUUGUUCUUCGGCGUGGCUUUGGCACCCAAAAUGAGGAUGAUCACCUUCUUUGUGAUUGGGCUGACAGUCCACGUGGUCUUCUUCAUCUCUAUCUUUGAUAUCUACUUCACCUCUCCUCUGGUCCAUGGCAUGACACCCCACUCCACACCCCUGGAACCCCCUGCUUCCAGACUGGUGUUAGUGGUGGCCGAUGGUCUCAGAGCAGACAGUCUCUUCACCCUGCUCCCUAAUGGCUCAUCCAGGACACCAUACCUGAGGAGUAUAAUAGAGGACAAGGGGACCUGGGGUGUGUCACACACACGUGUGCCUACCGAGUCUCGGCCUGGUCACGUUGCUCUCAUUGCUGGCUUCUAUGAGGAUGUUAGUGCAGUUGCUAAAGGCUGGAAGGAAAAUCCUGUAGAAUUUGACUCUGUGUUUAAUGAGAGCAGACACACCUGGUGCUGGGGCAGCCCUGAUAUCCUGCCUAUGUUUGCCAAAGGCGCUAGUGGGGACCAUGUGUAUACCCACACAUACCCGGCAGUGGAGGAGGACUUUGCCUCCACAGAUGCAUCCAAGCUAGACAGCUGGGUGUUCACUCAAGUCAAAUCCUUCUUUAAGUCUGCACAGUCUAACUCCACUCUGAAGGCUAGCCUAUGGGAGGAUAAAAAUGUCUUCUUCCUGCAUCUACUUGGAAUUGACACUAAUGGACAUGCUCACAGACCAAUGUCGCAAGAAUACUUAGACAAUAUUGGUCUAGUAGAUGCAGGUGUAGCUGAAGUGGUGUCUAUAAUAGAGGACUUCUUCGACAAUGAUGGCAGAACAGCCUAUGUGUUUACCUCUGACCACGGCAUGACAAACUGGGGUUCCCACGGUGCGGGCCAUCCUUCUGAAACGCUAACCCCUUUAGUGGCGUGGGGAGCUGGGAUUCAGAAAGCCAAGGGAGUCACAGAACCCCAACCAUACAAUGAUGGGUUCCUACAAGACUGGAAACUCGAGCAUCUUCGUAGAGUCGACGUCAGUCAGGCUGACAUUGCUCCGCUCAUGGCUUCCCUCAUUGGUGUGCCUAUUCCUGUUAACUCUGUUGGCGUGUUACCUCUUCUCUACCUCAACAACAGUGAGCGGUUCAAGGCUGAGAGCAUGUACACCAAUGCUAUUCAAGUACUGGAGCAGUUCAAGAUGAAAAUGAUGCAGAAAAAGGAGACAACCUUAUCUUUUCUCUUCACCCCAUACCAACUCCUGACUGAGUCAAAACAAGCAGAAUUCACCCAGAAGGCCCGAAUACUCAUUCAGCUGGAGAAGUACGAGGAUGCUAUCUCUUUGUGCCAGUCUCUGAUAUCUCGCUCUCUGGAAGGCUUGGUUUACUACCACACCUACGACCGAUUCUUCCUCGGUUGCAGUGUGGUGCUGGGAUUUGUAGGCUGGACCUCAUAUGUCGUCUUAGUCAUACUGAAGACUCACGCGAGUCUCAACAGACAUCCUAAUCUCACUAAACAGAUUCCUGGACGUAACUUGGCAAGGCUAUGCACGUGUGUGGCAGUGGUGAUCACAGUCUUCCUGCUUAUUCAAAGAAGCCCCAUAACCUACUAUAUUUACUGCCUGCUGCCUGUCCCUGUGUGGUAUUCUGUUCUAAACGAGUCUGGAACUCUGAGAGAUUUGAUUCAGACAGCCCCUUCUCUCCCACUGUGGAAAUGUCUGGGCUAUUUUGUGCUGGUGGCGUUUGGGAUUGAGCUGCUGGUAGGUGUCUUUAAAUCUGCUGUGUUAAAGGCAUCCUUCUGCAUAAGUACAGCAUUUCUUUUUGUCUCUGUUUCUGUGCAGUCACGCUCACUGAGCUGGCUUGUGGGCUGUCUGUGUCUAGCUGCUUUCCCCCUCAUGCCUGUUGUGGGUAGAGAGCCUAACAUACAUCUGGUUACCUGUGCAGGUCUGCUCGCUCUUUUCACCUCAGCUUGCUACCUCUGGUCAUCUCGACGGAGGACACCGCUGCACCUCGGUGACAGGCCACAGUUUGUCGUACAGAUGCUCCUUGUUGCUGUGUGCGCAUACGUGCCAUCCCUCACACACUCCAGCCUGCAACAGAAACAGGGCCUACCCCUUCUUAAUCAGAUCAUCAGUUGGAGCACAUUAGCAUCUUCUAUAUUUGUUCCUUUGCUGAGCUCAACACGACUUUUUCAUCGACUCCUCAGCAUAUUCUUGUCUCUCACCUCCACCUACUUGCUGCUUAGCACUGGGUCAGAGGCUUUGUUUCCCCCUGUGUUAUCCUGAUUAAUGUUUGUGUGGAUUAACAUCGAACAGGACGCCUUGCUUGCUCAGGACAUGUCUGGUAGGCAAGAGUUAUCCACCAUCGAUUUCUCUGCAAACAUCGACAUCACCAAGAUUCGACAGCUGAAGCUGGAUGACAUCCGAAGGUCCUAUUUUUUUGUAUUUUUUAUAAUAACAGCAUUUUUUGGCACAGGAAACAUUGCGUCCAUAAACAGUUUUGACCCAGCAUCUGUUUAUUGUUUCCUCACUGUUUUCAACCCUUUCAUAAUGGGAGGGUUGAUGAUGUGGAAGGUUAUCAUUCCAUUCAUCAUAGUGAUGUGUACAUUUGAGACCAUCCAAGUUGCAACACAGCUGUCAUCAAGGAGUUUGUUCCUCAUCGUCCUGGUUAUCUCUGACUUGAUGGCUCUGCAUUUUUUCUUCAUGGUGCAGGACUAUGGCAGCUGGUUGGACAUUGGCACAAGCAUUAGUCACUAUGUGAUAGUGAUGUCAAUGACGAUCUUUCUCAUGUUGCUGAGUGUGGUUACACAUAUUCUCACUUCACAAAGACUCGUCCUGUGGAGGCAACGCAAGAUGCACUUCCCCUAGUAAAUGUUACCAUGUGUCUUAAACAAGAUAUUUAUCAGUGUACCUAUUUAACUGUCUUAUUUCAGAUAUGUUUUGUCAUAUUGUUUUAAUUUUUUUAUAGACGAAAUGGAAAAUAAUCUUAGGAACCUAAAUAAUACGAUACCUUUUUUGCAGAGUGGCCUAAGACCUUUGCACAGUACUGUGUUGUGUUCUUUGGUACAAAUGCACUCAGUCUUAGUUUCAUUUGUGAAUUUGUAAUAGGCUGCUGCAAAUAUGACUGUGAAUUGGGUUUUUGAUGAGGGUGUUGAUUUGCAACAUAAUACAAUGGGAUGUUUUAACUUAUUUUGACUACAUGUGUAUCAAUAAAACUGAAGGAU